UGAGCAAAAUUGAAUGAUCAUAGGUUUUGUCUGAGUCUCAGUGAGUACACACUAAACACGGAAACAGGGAAACUUGGCGCCGCGCGUCCUUGCUAGCAGUGGAAAUGCUGAGGAGAUUGCUCCUACAACCACAACCUUCCACUCAACGUCGUCGUAUCUUAUCUCUUUACCGUCAUUGUUCUUCUUCUUCCACUACUUCUGGUGAAGCUCCAGUGAGUUCUUUUGUCGAACACCUGGAAGAUGAUAAUUAUGAUGUCUCCAAACAUUCCUCUCCUCAAUCCUCUGCCACUCUCUCUAUCGACCGAUCUGGACUUUAUAAUCCCCCUGAGCAUUCUCAUGAACCAUCCUCUGACUCCGAGCUUGUUAAGCAUUUAAAAGGCAUCAUCAAGUUUCGUGGAGGACCUAUUUCAAUUGCGGAGUAUAUGGAAGAAGUUCUCACAAACCCUAAGGCUGGUUUUUAUAUGAACCGUGAUGUUUUUGGGGAAGGAGGUGAUUUCAUAACCUCCCCUGAUGUAAGCCAGAUGUUUGGUGAGAUGGUUGGUGUUUGGGCAAUGUGCCUUUGGGAACAAAUGGGACGGCCCAGUAAAGUGAACCUGAUUGAGCUUGGUCCUGGAAGAGGAACUUUAAUGGCUGAUCUUCUGCGUGGUUCGUCAAAAAUGAAGGAAUUUACUAAAUCACUGAACAUACACAUGGUUGAAUGUAGUCCAGCAUUACAGAAACUCCAGUAUAAAAAGUUAGAGUGUAUAGAUGAAGAUGGUGACGACAAGAAUGUAGAUAAUCAUGUUGUCAGUGCUCUGACUGGAAGUCCAAUUUCAUGGCAUACCAUGCUAGAGCAGGUUCCAACAGGAGUUCCAACAAUCAUUAUUGCCCAUGAGUUCUACGACGCAUUACCAGUUCAUCAAUUUCAGAAAGCAUCCCGUGGCUGGUGUGAGAAAAUGGUUGAUGUUGCUGAAGAUGAUACGUUUCGCAUUGUUCUAUCUCCACAGCCUACACCUGCCACUCUCUACCUAUUACAGCGUUGCAAGUGGGCUGAGACUGAAGACAUAUCAAAACUUAAUCAGAUUGAGGUUUGCCCAAAGGCAAUGGACUUGACCCAAAAUAUUGCCAAAAGAAUAAGUUCUGAUGGAGGGGGAGCCCUCAUAAUUGAUUAUGGCCUGAAUGGAAUAGUCUCAGAUAGUCUUCAGGCAAUUCGAAAGCACAAGUUUGUCAACAUAUUGGAUAAACCUGGGUCUGCUGAUCUCAGUGCAUAUGUUGAUUUCUCAGCAAUCAAGCAUUCUGCCGAGGAAGCUGCAGAUGAUGUUUCUGUUCAUGGUCCUAUCACACAGUCUCAGUUUCUUGGUUCUCUCGGAAUAAACUUCAGGGUUGAAGCCUUACUACAAAACUGUACUGAAGAACAAGCCGAGUCACUGAGGACGGGGUACUGGCGUCUGGUAGGGGAAGGUGAAGCCCCAUUUUGGGAGGGGCCUGAUGAUCAAGCUCCAAUAGGUAUGGGUACAAGAUAUAUGGCAAUGUCUAUAGUGAACAAGAAGCAAGGUACUCCGGCACCAUUCCAGUGAAGUACUGAAGUGGUAUGCAACAAAAUUCAUUUUCAGAUUACAUUGGCUGUUAACUAAGAGCUGUUCCUGAAACAAACCGUAUGCAGCAAUUCACUUUCAGAUGACUUCUUACGAUCUAUUAGCUGGAAAGCUGAUGACAAUAGAACAUAAAUGUUUUGGUAGAUUUUGAUAGAUCAUGAUUCGUGAACUUAUAUACAUAAUAAUUUUUAUCAACUCGCCAUAUUUUUGCAACCUUGUUCUAUGACUAGCAGUUUUUGUCGUUUUAAUUUACACAAUUCAAAUAAGAACAAUUCCUUAUUA